AUGUCCUUCUCCCCGCUCUACGCUCAGCCCUCGGCUCCCCAGGACCGUGACCUCGCGACCCUGUCCAACUAUCUCGACAUUCUCGUCACCCACACGGACCUCGAGUGGACUAUCGACUGGGACCAGAAGCUCAUUGGCGGCAAGGCCAUCCUUACUCUCACGGCUUCCAAGGAGGUCGACACUGCUGUGCUUGACACCAGCUUCCUCGACAUCCGUGAUGUCUCGGUUGAGGGCCAGAAGGCCGACUGGAAGCUCGGUGACAGGAUCGAGGCCAUGGGCCAGGCCCUCACUGUCAAGCUCCCCAAGGCUCUUUCCAAGGGUGACGUUAUUGACAUCACCGUGACCUACUCGACCACCAAGGACUGCACCUCGGUCGGCUGGCUCAACCCUGUCCAGACCAAGAGCGGCAAGUACCCGUACCUCUACUCUCAGAGCCAGGCUGACACUCCGGCCGUUAAGUCGACCUACUCGUCCAAGGUCACCUCGAUCCUCCCCGUGCUCAUGUCGGGCCUCCGCCAGUCGCCCCCCAGUGACCAGGUUCUUGAGCUCGGCAAGAAGGUCGAAUACGUUUACAACCAGCCUGUCCGCAUUCCCUCGUACCUCAUCGCCAUUGCCUCGGGUGAGGUUAUUUACAAGUCGUUCCCCGACAUGGAGGGCCGUAACUGGCGCACUGGUGUCUGGACCGAGCCCAAGACCAUGAAGGCUGCCUACUGGGAGUUUGAGGAGGACACUGCCAAGCAGGUCGCCACUGCUGAGGACCUCACCUCGGCCUACCGCUUUGGUGUCUACGACUUCCUUAUCCUUCCCGAGUCGUUCCCUUACGGCGGCAUGGAGAACUGCUGCCUCACCUUUGCUACUCCCACCCUCCUCGCCGGUGACCGCUCGCUUGUCGACGUUAUUGCCCACGAGAUCAGCCACUCAUGGUUUGGAAACAGCAUUGGCUGUGCCUCGUGGUCGCACUUUUGGCUCAACGAGGGCUGGACCACCUACCUUGAGCGUCUCAUCAUUGGCAGGCUCCACGGUGCCCCGGCUCGCGACCUUUCGUACAUUAUCGGUCGCGUUGGGCUCAAGGAGUCGCUCGCGGGCUACAAGGACGUGCCCCGUUUCCAGCGCCUCAUCCCCGACUACAAGGAGCACGAGGACCCCGACGAGGCGUACAGCCAGGUUCCAUACGAGAAGGGCGCCAACUUUUUGCUCUACCUUGAGCGCACCGUGGGCGGUCUCGAGGUCUUCCUGCCGUACAUGAAGAGCUACGUCGAGACGUUUACCGACUCGAGCAUCACCACCGCUCAGUGGCGUGCGCACCUGUUCGACUACUUUGGCAAGCAGCCCAACAGCGAGGAGUACCUGCGCAAGCUUGGCCAGGUUGACUGGGACGAGUGGCUCCACGGCGACGGCCUCGACCUGUGCGUUGACCUCGAGUACGAUGACUCGCUGUCCAAGCCUUGCCUCGAACUGGCUGCUCGUUGGAACAACGCUCGUGGCGAUGAUGACCUCACUCAGUUCUCGCCCCGCGACAUUGCCGACUUUUCCUCCACCCAGCUCUGCGUGUUCCUCGACGACCUCGGCGCGCGUGCUGCGUUCCGCCCGGCGACUGUCCGCGCGCUGGACGAGCUGUACUCGCUCAACAAGUCGGAGAGCGCUGAGAUUAAGCUCCGCUUCUACAAGAUUGCCCUUUCGAGUGGUCCCGAGUAUGCCGACAGCGCCGCCACCUGGGUCGUGAGCAAGGGCCGUAUGAAGUUCUGUCGUCCCGUAUUCCGCCUUCUCAACGAGCAGCGCCCCGAGCUGGCCCGCGAGACGUUCAUCUCCCAUGCCGAGUUCUAUCACCCUAUUGCACGCAAGAUGAUCGCAAAGGAUCUCGGCGUCGAGCUGUAA